CUUUACCAACGUCAACACAACUGUCCUCACUUGCAAGUCCUCCGCUCAGCGUCAACCUCAUCAACAAGAAGAACGUCCUUGCCGGAGAUUUCAUGCCCAGGAUAGCCUUCAGCGACAACAUUAGGGAGUCGGUGUUUAUCAGGACACUUACGAUCCUCAUCUUUCUCCCAAUCGAGAGCUGUCGACAAUCAUAUGCAGACCCCGAAAGAUGAUCGGUGUUGGGGUCUAAGAAGACGAGGAGAACCAGAAACACCUAAGCCAGAUUUGAGGGAAACCCAAGCUCCUUCCAUGGAUCCCCAUUCAACCACUGAUAUGACCAAAUCCUCCGCAGCUUCCAUCCCUGCUUCUGUACCCACAAAGACGGCCGCGUCCAACACCUCAUGGGGGAAGCAUCAACCCUGUCGCCAGCGUUCAACCCAAAGAAAUCACCAUCAACCCCAAAACCGGCUUAUCCGCCUGAAGGCCCAGGGCACCGCCGACAAGCUUCCCUUGCUAAUUUACAUCAACGGCGGCGCGUUCUGCAUCUGCUCGAUGUUUCAUCCAUUUUACCAGGGACACCUCAACACCAUUGCCGCAGAAGCAAAUGCUGUUGUUCUGUCCAUCAACUACAGGUUAGCCCCGGAGGCCGGAGCAAACACAUUUGUUCUGUUGGAAGAGGUGCAUUCUCUGGGGGAGGUGAAGACUAAAGAAUGAUGAAGACGAAGGAUUCCGUAGCGGCCGGAGGGACCUGACUUGAGUGCUCGUCACUCCUUGCUCUUGAGUAUCAUGAGAGAAAGUAUUCUUUUAUUUUAUAUUUAUCAAAACAAAAUUUUAUAAACAUUAUAAAAUUAUUUUAAUACUUUUUUAUUUUCAAUUUAAUUUAAAUUUAAUUUAAAGAGUUCAAUUUAAUAUUAAAAUUUUAAUUAAAGUAUAUUUUUUAUCCUUUAAUUUUACAUCAAAUUUUAUUUUAG